AUGGGUUUCCAGAAGAAUUCGGCUUUAAUUUCUAUGAUGGAUAAUGAGAAUCACUGGUUAUUGGACAUAGACGACCCAUGUGACAAGUCCCUGUCCACGACACCUACAGAUUCUGAAACUAACUUUGUCAACCAUUCGAUACGUACCAACACUAAAAAUUCUGGUUUCACUAAUUCCGUUACCAAAGAUACGAAUUCCUUUACUACUGAGUAUACCUCAGAUUAUUCUACUGAUUAUAGUAAUGGAUAUAGUUCUGAAUAUAACAAUGGGUAUUGUACGGAUUAUAGCAGAGAUUAUAGUGGCGCUAAUAGUGUUGAAUAUUUGGGAGGAAGUAUUGAUGACAGUACUCCAUUAUUUUCAGCAGAUCUCGAAACGAUUAGUUUGGAGAGUUACAUGUCAACGAUUUCUGAUUUGAACAGGGAAAUUGAGGAGUUUUCAAAGAUCGUACAGACUUUGGCACUGUUUAAGUAUUACAUUAAGAACCGAAAGCCGAACACUAAUGUGACUGAGUUGAACAAGCGGUUUAACUGCAUUUGCGCAGACUGUUCUGAGAAGAUUAGGAGAAUAGAGGACAGGCUAAAGAGGAUAAAUUAUGAAAACCACUACGUGUUAGUUAAUAGAAAGAGACUUGAAUUACCAUAUUCUGAGGUCAGAAACAGGUUUAAUCUCCAGGACUCCUCAGUUAAGAAGCUGAGAAUUCUAAUUGACACAUUCAACACUGUGAUUAGGGAAUAUACAAAUUUAUCGAAAAAAUUACUCUCAAAUUCUAAUAAAACUAUGGUAACUGGUAUAAAUCAGACUGACUCACAGGAUGAUAAAACAUUAUUAAAUGAAAUGAAUGAUAGAGUUAAACAAAUUGAAUUACUCGAACAAAGUGCUAGAGAUUUGAAUGAUUUGUUUAUUGAUUUGGGUAAUAUAAUAAAGAAGAGAGGAGACAAUAUUUCAAGUUUAGAAAAUGAAAUUUUAUUAUCCUCAGAACAAAUAGGUAAUAGAUUAAUAUUAAUUCUUAUGAUAAAUUAUUCUUUUAGAUAA